GGAGAGGAACUCUGGGCUAUUCUCACCAAUCUUUUUGGUAUUUCAGGGCUUCACACCUGGCAGGUGGUUUUGGGCUGUGAGCUCAGGGAAGACGGGAGCAAAGGAGGGUUCUUCCACUAUGGGUACAAUGGGGAGGACUUCAUCAGCUUCCACAAGGAGACCCUCGGAUGGGUGACAGCUCAGCCCCAGGCCCAGAAGGUUAAGGAGAAGUGGGAGAAGGAUCCAGCGAGGUCUGAGAGAAUCAAAUUCUUCCUGGAGAAUAACUGCCUUGAGUGGCUACAGAAAUGCCUCUCCUACCAGAUGGAGGCUGUGAAGAAGACAGAGCCCCCAGUGGGGAAAGUGACCCACAAGGUGAUCAAUGACAGCCUGGAGGUCCUCAUCUGCCAGGCCUUUGGCUUCUACCCCAAGGAGAUCCGGGCCACUUGGAGGAGGAAAAGAGAGGUGGUCAAAUACAAGACCCUCCAUAGGAACGUGGCCCCCAACUCAGACGGGACCUAUUAUGUCUGGCUCAGAAUUGAGAUCAACCCCAAAGAGAGGAACCAUUUUCGGUGUUACUUGGAGCAUGAGGGCUUGAAGGAGCCCCUGGUCUUGGCCUGGAAGGAGGAAGGAGGUGAGAAACUGAGUAGUUAUGACAUGUCACCUCUAGGUAAGAUGGACAGCAUGUAAAUUUAAUCAAAUAAAUCAAAUCAAUGCAUAAAUAGAUUGUUAGAUAUUUUUCUGUUACGUCAUCUAAAGUUUUCAGAUAGAGAACAGGAAAUUUAGUUCUCCAUUUAGUGAUGGUAAAAAGUCAUUUUGACAGGGGAGUUGGAAGUGGAAACCUAAGAACAAAGGUAUGAAAAUAUGGUAUACAAUACAGUGCAAUACAAUAUGAUGCAAAAAGAUACAAUACAAUACAAUAUCAGUAAGGCAUUUGAUGAAGUAGACCACAAUCUACUACUUCAUACAAUAGAAAAGUGUUGGUUAGACAGCAUCAUCAUCAGAUGGAUUUGUAACUGGCUGACCAACCACACCCGAUGUGGAACGGCAUCUAC